UCACACUCAGCAACAGUCGCUCACAUUAUAAAACAGUGUUAAACCAUUGUAUCAAUGUUCACUUCCGGUAAAACCGAACUAUGUAGUGUGUGAACUACGAUUUCACUGUGUUGAUGUUAUGUAAAAAGGCUAAAUAAAAUGGUUCGCGUGUUUGUUGUGUGCGCGCCGGACAGUAAAAGUAUCGUAGAUAGUAUAAAGAAUAAUCUCCCCGGAAAAUGUGUGACUAACAUUGUUUUAUUUACUGACAUACACUUUCACGUUGACAGCAAACAAAAUGGCGUCAUAUUGAUAAUUUUGACGCCUAAGGGUUGCGAAGCGAUACAGAAGAUUAAAAAAGAGGUUCUGACAAAAUUAUUCGAUCAUCAGUCAAUGUGAAAAUUCUUUUUUCAUGCCCACCAAGCCAACUUGAUUCAGUGGUCAAUUAUUGUGGCAUGAACUGCGAUCGCUAUUUCUCAGUUGCUAGAUAUGGCACAAAUGAAUAUAAAAAAUUUCGUGAUGAUGUAAUUGCUUGUGUGGAACAAUUUGAUGGGCCGUGUUUGCCUCUACAGGCAAACAGAUUUAUAGUCAAGCCAGAAAUUAUAUCUGGGCCGACUGAGGUAAUAAUCUUGAUGUUUGAUGAAGAAAAUGAGCAGACAUCAUUCCAGAAAGUUGUAGUGCGACAUGCUGACAAAGAGCUUCCGGCUACGCGUGUCCUCACGAACGUCUGGGCAUUCCAGACUGGAGAUCUUCCCAGUGGCGACAACCGCAUUUCUGUAAUCUGCGAUGGUCAAGACAUAGGAUCUGAAAUCUUGAAGGUCUGUGAAGUAGACUUGAAGAAAGCAAUCAAUGCGAUUACAGUGGCGAUGGAUAUACGUCCGCUGACGUCUCUGGCCACACUCCUGCAAUCGGCAGAGGAAGACGUUGACGAGGAGUUGGCGAAGCUCCUCAGUUCGAAGCCUUCAUCUAUUGUGGAGACACUCUUACACAUGCGAAAUAAUGAUGGAGGUGGCGGAAAAUCCUUGUUGACAAUUUGCAAAUCAAUUCAUUUGAAUGAAUCCUUUGUGCGAAUAAACCAAGAAAAUGAGGUAAACUCAUCUGAUGAUUAUCAUGAAUUGCAAUCUCCACUUUCCAGAAACAGUUCGGUGUCUCGAUUUUAUACAGCCAGCCUCUAUCGAGGUACACGGGACAUUGGCGUUGGACACAGCCAAGGCAUGGAGAGUGGGGUCGAUCAAAAGCUGACCAAAUCUUCACAAACUGGUCGAAUUUCAAAUACCAAAUGUCCUGAACAGGAUGUUUUACUUGUUGACCCAUACGAUUUCAGUCGCGAUCACCGAGGCUAUAUGAUCAUCAUUGUUAAUGAAACGUUCAAGCGCCAAGCGUUCAGGCAUGGAGCAGACAAAGAUGAAGCGUAUUUAUCUAACAUUGCCUACAAACUUCGUUUAACGGUCUAUAAAGGAAAAACAACAAAUAUGUCCUUCACAGAAACGAAACAGUUACUCGAAGAUGUGAUGUGUCUCGACCAUUCGGACAGUAACAUGCUUGUCGUAGCAUUUAGCACACACGGGUUAGAACGACCGAACCCCAAAGCUGAAGGAAAGUGUGACCACGCCCUUGUGUGCUCAGACGACAGAUGGAUUUUCACCAGCACAAUAACUGAAAUGUUCAACGACGACAAUUGCCCGUCCCUAAAAAACAAACCAAAAUUAUUCAUAAUCCAAGCUUGUAGAGGUGAAGAACAUGACAGCGGUGCUGACCUAUUGGUGUCAAAAAAGGCAGCACCUGAUCUAACUUGUGGCGGCAACGCAGAGACCCAGCGAUUCCUGGACGAUUCUGACGUGCACUUUGCCAUGGACAGCUGGGCACGUGGCCCUGUACAUCUUCAUGACGACUUCCCGGCUGCAGCCGAAAAUGAGUCAUCCGCGAUACACAUGGUUCCUCAGUUCACUUCCACUCAGCUCGUUGAUGAACCUCUUGGGUCGAGUCCCCAAUUUAAACCUUUCCCCUUCGUUGACACACCUUCUCUGAAGUGCGAGAACGAUCAACUUGUUUUUUACGCCAUACCCCCGGGCAUGUUGGCGUGGCGGAACACAGAGAAGGGCUCCUGGAUGCUGUAUUACCUAAACAAACUUGUUAAGAAGUGUGAUGGGAGACGACCAGUGAAUAUACUAAAACUGUUGUUAAAAGUGAACGCUAAGAUGGCUCUGAGGACUACAAACGCUCCUUAUGAUACAAAUCUGGAUAAAAAGAAGGCUAUAUCUGUUGUCGAACACAAACUUACUCGGGACUUGAUCUUUCCGCCGUUAGGUGAUGAUCAAUAACAUAAAACAUAGUGUGUGUGAUGUCCGAUGAUAUUUAAAGAUUCUUCUUAAAGAACCUGUGUUAUUAUUCCAAUCAAUUUAUGUCUGUUCUGUUAAAAUGUCUCGUUCAUAAUCGUAUUUUACACUAAACAUACAAAUGAAACAAAUGUUUCUGCAUACACCAGAGCUUUUUUCUUUGGCCUAUGUCGACAAAAAGUUAGUUUAUAUUUCACGUUCAAUACUAUUAUCUGGCAGAUUGAGCUUUACGAAACAAUUAACAGACUGCUCUGUAAUCAACUUCUGACAGAAUAAGUCGUGCUGAUUUGAAAAUGAAAGGGUAAAAUAAAUGCGACCCAUAUGUGGAUUUUUAUCGAAUAUAUAUAUACUAUUACAUUGUGCCAGUUACGCGGUCUCGGUAGUUUUCAGACUAUACUUAAGGGGUCAAUAUUAUAAACGGGAUCUGUAUACAACCCCGCGUUCUAGGCACCUUUAAUUACUAUGAGGGGGGGUGUAGGGGAGGUAAUGCAAUCAAAUGUUACAAUAAGGUCUUAUAUCGAAAACCACAAUCGCGUCCUGAAAUUGAAAUUAUGUAUACCUCGCAAUUAAUGUUGCUAUAUAUUUCUUGUAUGAUAAAAUAAAUGACGUAUUUAUAUAUAAUACUAUAUGGGGUUACCCCUAUAUACAUUAAUUCGUGUUAAUAUCGGAUAAAAAAGGGUAUGGAGAUACAUGUUUUUAAAGUGGGGACCCAAUGACCUAUUUCUUAAUCGGAGACCCCGUAACUGGCGAUAUGUGUGAAUAUAUAUAAAUAGUUAAAAAUCAAGGCCUUAGCCUAGUUUUUUCAUAUAUAUUUAUUGUUUUACUACGAAAUUUGACGUCGGUUUUCUUUCUCAAGAGUUUACAGUAUCGCAUGUUUCUCGAGUUAAUUAACAUUUAACAUUUAAAUUAGUUUUUAUGUUUUAUUUUCCUUUUUAUUGCAAUAAAGUCAAGUUACAUGUUUAAUGUAUAUACUCGAUUAUAAUCCUGUAUUUCUUUUCGUCUGUUAACAUAAUACAAUUUAGUCAUUUUAUUAUGCAUAUUAACACGUUUCCUUUGUAUUUUAUUACGUUUGUUCAUUGUGAAGGGAUAUUAAAUAAUCAUGUGAGCUGUAUCCCAAAAUAGGGUACGAUAAAUCAAAAGUCUUAAAACAUGGAAAUACGCUUUAUUUGUGUUAAUUGUUUUCGCUGUGCUCCGUUUCAAAAAACAUUGGUGUUUCUCUCGUAAGAUAUGUAUACUUAUAUCUAUUUAGUUAUUCUUGUUUUGUUUUGCGUUUGUGCUUUAUGUUGUUGAUCCUGUUAUUUAUUCUGACAAUUAUCAUCUUAGUAAAAUUUAAUACACAAUAAUUCCAGUUUGUUUAACCAAUGUUGAACCUGCUCACACAUAUUUUUCUGGUUCUUAUGGUCAACAGUUUUACUUUAUUCAUUGAUUUGUUCAGGACAGACAUCGUAUUCUGUAUAGGCAUUUAAGUUCACACGUUUGCAAAUAUUUGUUCAAUCACAGUUCAUGAGGGCCAUGACAAUUUGUUACUAAUCGUACAAUAAUAUUGGAUAGAUUAUUAUGUAUAUACCUUACGUAAGACCGCUUUUCGUCCCAUAUUAGUCACAUUAUACCUGUAAAUUGGCCGAUAUAAUCCUCGUACUGUUUACUCUAUAACGCAUACUCUAUAAAAACAUUGAUCAUCAUUAACACUCAAAAACACGAGCACAACAUGUCGGUAAAUGGAAACAAUUUAUUAGAGAGUGUUAACAAUUUUAUUAAAAAAUGUUUGUACAUAAUAAACAUAUUUAUGUAUAUAAUUUAGUUAAUAUAUUAGUUGUAAGUGGACUCGUUUAUCUUUGUUGUUUGCCUUGAAAAUGCUCAUUUUAGUUGCGCUAGGUUUUUCUUCAUUAAAUAGUUGUGUUAUACUCAGUACCAAUAAAUGCAUUUCAGACAAGUUACUGAAAUCAUUUACUUAUGAUCUAUCAAAAGAUACCGAUGCUGACAUAUGUGUGAUAUAAGCACUGGAAGUCAGAAACCGAAAUUGCAAACGCGCCUCACAACGGCCAUAAAAUAUAUCAGCAAGUAACCGCAAAUGCACUGAUGGAAGCAUAUGGAGCAGAGAAUCAGAACCUGGUUAAAGAUAUACCUUCAUUGCUGUAUGAAACAAAAGCCAUCGAUUGAAGACGCUAUAGAAGUUGAUGUUCGUUCUGUUUCACUUAUGAAUGCCGAGGUAAAACGAAAGCAGAAUAUUGUGGAUGAACCCCUCUCACUGGAUUGUGAGAUUUAUCACCUAGUAUUCUAUGCUACCCCAACCGGCUCGAUCGCGUGGAGAAACAAGGCAGAAGGCUCUUGGAUGAUACGCGAUUUGCACAGCCUCAUUUUAGGCAGGAUAAGGAUAAGGAUAAGUACAAGAAAAGACCGUUCGACAUGCUGAAAAUGCUCACAAAAGUCAUUGCCAAAAACGUGUCAAAGGUCAACCCAGAGUCGUGCCGGUCUAGCGUUGGGAGGAAAGAAGUUUGUUCCAGUUAAAGGACAUGAACUUACAAGAGAUUUGAUCAUUGAACCUAAAUCUUCACUUUCUUUGAUAAUGAAAAGGGAGAGUAAUAAUUUUCAUUGGACACAACCCGUCUCACACUUUGUAUACGUGUACUUAUGCGUAAUAUAUUUCUUUUAAUGUUCCUAUGAGUUUUAUGAGUUUUAAAAUUGUAAAUGUAUACGUUGUAUAUGGUAUUUGUAAAUUUGAAUAAUGUUGAUGCAUUUAUUAUAUUUUAAAUCAAAUCUUUAUUUGAGUUGUGGUUUAUUUUAUUUUACGUUAUGAUGUAUGCAAACAUGCGCAAUAAGUUGAUGUUGUAUUGCCUGUCUAGUAUUUUGUAUUAUGUUCUUAUAUAUGCUUCUUUAGUAGCCUGUCUAUGUAAAUACAUUUUCACAACACAAA